AUGUCGACCCGCUCCACCACCACCGGUCCAAACCCUACUCCACAUAUCUCAAGACACGGUUUUCUGCCUCCAAACCCUACCCAAACCCACCAACUCCACACCUCCGACUACAUCAACUCCGACGACGAGGACCUCUUCAACUCCAUCACCGAUCGUAUCGCCAAUCAACACGAAGAACACCAAGCCAACCGGUCAUCUCCUACCUCCAAAUCAUUCAUCGAUUCGCUACAAUCCCUCAAAUUUUUCCAUGCUUCUUCAUCCCAUUCUUGCCCAAGAACCUGCUCAAUCUUUAGGGAUGACUCUGAAUUUUUUUCAGAGGUGAAUCAAUUGCCGUGCAACCAUGUUUUUCAUCCAGAUUGUAUUGUUCCGUGGCUUGGUAGGAGAAAUUCGUGCCCCCUGUGUCGGUACAAGUUACCGGUGGAGCAAAAUCCGAAGCAGUUGAAGAGCUAUGUGGUGAGAUUGGGGAAUGUUGACUUGGAGGGGUGGGGUGGGGUGAGAAUCAGGAGAGCGGUUUUCAUGAUGCACUGUUAA